CAAGUACCCAUUUGAAGCCAUAAUCCAUUAAAUGAAACAUCUACAAACGAGACAGAUUACAAUCAUGAGAAUUUGCAUCAAAGCAGCAGUUGCAUUGCCACAGUUCUAUCUUCACCUUCACAAUGUUUCCCUUGGUCAAAAACACACUAAGUCAUCUCCAAGUUCAAAGCAUUCAGCAAACAAUGGCAAGGCAGAGCCACCAGAAACAUACACUUGAUUUUCAUGACAAAUACGGUAAUGCUGUAUUAGCUAGUGGAGCCACUUUCUGUACUGCUGUAUGGACAUAUGUAGCAACUCAAAUUGGAAUAGAAUGGAACCUGUCCCCUGAUGGCAGAGUCACUCCAAAGGAAUGGAGAGAUCAGUCAUCAUCCCAGCUGGUGUAAUACUGAAUUGUUUAAAAAACAGCUCAUCAGCUGGGCACGGUGGCUCAUACCUGUAAUCCCAGAACUUUGGGACGCUGA